CUAUAUCCUAUCGUUCGGCUCUUCCAAUAAUCCAAUCAAAGGGAUAUGAUGGGGAGAUCGCCUGGCGGUGAUGAUAAUGGCCUCAAGAAAGGGCCUUGGACGCCUGAGGAAGACCGUAUUCUUGUAGAUUACAUUCAGAAACAUGGCCAUGGAAGUUGGAGAGCACUUCCAAAGCUAGCUGGACUAAACAGGUGUGGAAAAAGUUGCAGGCUUAGAUGGACUAAUUAUCUCAGGCCUGAUAUUAAGAGAGGAAAGUUUUCUGAGGAAGAAGAGCAAACCAUUAUCAAUCUUCAUGCAGUUCUUGGCAAUAAGUGGUCUGCCAUAGCAACCCAUCUCCCAGGAAGAACAGAUAACGAGAUCAAAAAUUUCUGGAACACCCAUCUGAAGAAGAAGCUUCUUCAAAUGGGGAUUGAUCCAGUGACACACAGGCCAAGAACUGAUCUCAACAUUCUAGCUAACCUGCCACAGCUGCUUGCUGCUGCCAACUUUAGUAGCCUGAUGAACAUUCCUUUAGACAAUGCUCUCAGGUUGCAGUCAGAUGCUGCCCAGCUUGCCAAAAUCCAAUUGCUGCAUAACAUACUUCAAGUCCUAGGUACUAGUAGUAGUACUACUACUCCAACUAUGGAAGCAAUGAACCUUCUAGCAGGGCCAUCUUUCCGGGAAAAUCAGCUAUAUGAACUCCUUAGAAUGAAUUCUCAGCUUGAAGAAAACAGAAAUCUCCCAUUUGCCUUUGCUCCACAUGAACUUACACAAUUACAGUCAAAUUUUCUUAAUUUGGAAGCUUCUCAACAUCAACCACAUCAGUUCAGUGAGUAUCAUCAGCCAAUGAAAGACUCAAAAAUUUGUUCCAACAACAAUGAUCCAUUUGCUUCUUCUUCUUCCUCUCCGGUAAUUCCAACUGCAACUCCACAGCUUCCAGCUCUAGUUCCAGCCUCACCCGGACAUCCCACCACUCAUGUUAAUCAAACCGAAAAUAAGAUUAACCCCAAUGAUAUCUCUAAUCCUUCAUCUACUUCAACCACCUUUGAAGCUUGGGGAGAUCUUAUGGAUGACGAAGCAAGUGACUCUUACUGGAGAGAUAUUAUAGACCAGGCAUCGUCACAGUCAUGGACCAUGUCGUAGUUAAAUGGAGCUUUCCAUUGAAUAUAUCAAGAGUUUGGUUUAAUAACUUGUAGACAACCCAGCUAUGCUCAGUUAAGAGAAUUGGUUUUUCAUUAGAUUUAAUAUACAAGGAACAAAAAAAAAAAAUACAGGCCAGGUGCCAUUGUGUAAAGUAAAACGAAGUUAUCAUUCUGUGUAAUUUUUUUCUUUAACAGUAUAAUUUGCCAUACCACCUUGGAG